AAAAUCGUCAAAGAAAUAAUGAAUUCGUAGAGGUUUUACGAUAUCAUUUCAAAAUUACAUUGAUAAGUAAAAUAGGAAGUAUGAACCUUGGGAAAAUAUCAAUUAAAUCGAUAAUAGAGAACAAAAAUAGAGGAAAUGAAAACGGGAGCAUUGAGUAAAAGAUUAUUAAAAGUCAGUGGAAAUUUGGGUAGAUUUGGAUGGAGUGGAAGAUGAAGCCAUUGAAAGGGUCUUGAACAAAAGCUAUGGAGAAAACGAGAGUUGCGCAGAUAACAGAGACUAUUUGGAUGAUGGGAAUAAAAAGAAAUGUGCUCGAGAGUUUAAUUGAAAGAAUGAUUCUUAAAUUCAUAAUAUUUUCCUUUUAAGAAGCCCCUCUCAAGGUAUAAUAGUUAGUAAAAAUGAUGAGAAUGGAAGAAUGUUGAAAAUCUCAAAGCUGCAUGUAGAGAGGUAAAAACUUUGAGAAUGGAAAAAUGUUAAAAUUGCGUGAAAUUACAAGAGGGUGUUGAUGGAAAAAAAAAAAAAAAACUCAAGAUUGAUCAAAAUGUUAAGCAUGGCUGGAAAAGAAGAUAUGAAUAUCAAGAUAAUGAUUAAAAAGAAGACAAUUUCAAAGAAUUUUGAUUUUGAGAAAGAGUUAUCAAAUGAAACAGAUCGAUAUUUGUUGAGAUCACUUCUCUAAACAUAUGUAAUACAAAACACUUUUGUAAACACGCUCUAAAGCAAAUGAGAAUGAAGGAAAGAAUUUGUUUUAUGUGUUUCUUGAACUUUAUUUUCUCGAUUUUCAUUGCUUUAAAGUUUUUUCUUGUAUGUGAAGAGUAGUACAUUAUGACUUCUUUUUAAUAAAACAGGAAAAAAAAUUAAAAUGAUAACAAGUGGUUGGUAUAGUGUUUAGUCUUAGUGAUUAUUGAAUUCGUCCACUGGGUUUGUUUGUUUUGAGGAGUCUUACAUCUAAUUAUUACCAUUUUAUAAUUUUAUUUUAAUAUCUCAAAUAAACCUUUACUGACUUUUAUAAUCUAGACUAAUCCAGUGGAAUUUUAAUUUUAAAAUUCUGCAUCUACAGUCACUUCACUCUAUUUUAUAUAUUUAUUUCAAAAGUUCAGACUUUUCAAAGUUUGCUUCCAUAUCGUCAACACCAUCAUUUAUUUUAAUAGCCAUCUAUGUUGUAGUUAGGAACUUGAAUUAGUUUGACUUAUAAAGAGAUUGUUGUUACUUGAUCAUUUUCCUCACCAACAAACAAGGCCUCUCACACUGUUCUCCUGCAAAUUUUAAGGCGCCUCUCAGAUUUCUGUCAUGCCUCUUUCUCUUGUUCCACUUUCUUCUUCUCUCAUAAACACCCUUUUCUUCUUCUCCCUCUUAUUCCCAACUUAUGCAUCUAGUGAUGCUGAAGGGUACGCAGCAUGUGAGCCUUUUAGCUGUGGGAAACUCACCAAUAUUAGCUACCCAUUUUGGAGUAAGGACCAGCCAGGCUACUGUGGCCAUCCAAAGUUCAAGCUUGAUUGCCAUCACGACAACGCGACAAUUGACAUCGUGUCACAGACAUUCCAAGUCAUUGACAUGAAUAAAAAAUCUAAGGUUUUGACGAUUGCAAGGUUGGAUUUAUUGGCCGACCCUUGUACUAAUGAUUAUGUGAAUGUGAAGUUGGAUCCUGAAUUCUUUAACUACACUUCUAAUGAUGAUUAUUACACUUUGUUAUAUGACUGCGGUUCUCUUGGAUAUAGAUCUAGAAGUGCGAAUAGUGGAGGAGCAAUAGCAUUUAAUUGCUCCAAAGAUGGUGCUCUUCGAGCUGUAUACUUUGUGUUAAGUACUGAAGUGGUUAAUUUCAAUAGUCUGGGAUGCAAGAACAGCAUCAAUGUUUCUGUUCUAAGAGAGGCUGUGAAGAGUGAUUCGGAUGUGGGAAAUGUUUUAGCAAGUGGAUUUGAGGUUGGAUGGAGUGGUGUGAAUGAAGACGAAUGUGAUGGUUGCACAAGAUCUAGUGGGAGAUGUGGAUACAGUUCAUCUACGAGUGGAUUUAUGUGUGUCUCUCCAGCACCAACAGGUACACUGAGUAUGUUAUCUUCCUUCUCUUGUUUUGAUUAUGGUGGUAUUCAACUUUUGUUGAGGAUCCAAAUAUCUUAGAUGCUUGUUUAGAACACAAGUUGACAAGUUAAAAAUAACGUUUAGGAUGUGAAAGACCGCAGAGCUAUAAAAACCAGCUUCUUAAUAAGAGUAAUAAGAUGAUAUCUGAAACGUGGAAUCAAACAAGUUACUGUAAUCCCCUCUGGUUUAGGCAGGUUGAACUUCGCAUUAUAAACUAGGAAUGGAUAUGUUUAUUUGAUAUACGUGCUUGAUUUCUUUUCCUCUACAUUGUGUUCACAAUUUUUAUCAUAUAGACCGAACUAUUGAAGAACGCGUUAUGAGAUAACGUGUCAAAUUUUAUAAUGUCAUAUUUCUGCUUCCUUGGGGCGUGUUUGGGUUUACGUUGACUUUUAAAUAUGGAUAAUGAUAUUUGAUAAUAUGUUUUUGACAAUAUUUUAAUACUAUAUAUGUGUUAUU